AUGAAUCUUUUUCGGCUUUUAGCCGAUUUCUCCCACUUAGCAUCCAUCUUCAUUCUUCUGCAGAAGAUGAAGUCAACCAGUAGCUGCUCUGGUUUAUCUUUCAAGUCGCAGGUACUCUACCUUCUGGUUUUCAUCACUCGUUAUCUUGAUCUCUUCUGGACUUUCUUUGAUUCGCUAUACCUCACCACUUUCAAGCUACUCUUCAUUGGCUCCUCGGCCUACAUUAUCUACCUUAUGCUGAACGACUACAAACCAACCCACGAUCCAAACCUUGAUACAUUCAAAGUCCAGUACCUUUUGGGAAUCAGCGCGAUUCUGGCAGUGCUUUUCCCACAUGAUUAUCGUUUCUCCGAGAUCCUCUGGACCUUUUCGAUUUGGUUAGAGUCGGUGGCCAUCCUACCACAGCUUUUCAUGUUGCAGCGGACGGGAGAAGCCGAUACAAUCACCACACACUACCUAUUUGCCCUAGGCACGUACCGCGCCCUCUAUAUUCCGAAUUGGAUGUACCGAUACUUCACAGAGUCCCACUUCCAACGAUCUUUCCAACCCGUUCCAAUAAUUGCCGGUAUUAUCCAGACCCUACUCUACUCUGAUUUCUUCUACAUUUACUACAACAAGUAA